AUGCAUCAAAUUGCUAAAACAGUUUAUAAUAAGUUUGUAUUUUGUAUAGGUGUCCCUGGUUCAUUCCAUUCAAUAUCAAAUCAACCAUGGAUUCACCUUCUUCUUUGCACAUAGCAAUGUUUCCUUGGUUUGCUAUGGGGCAUUUAACUCCAUAUCUUCACCUCUCCAACAAAUUAGCCAAAAGGGGACACAAAAUCUCAUUCUUCAUUCCUAAAAACACAGUCAACAAGUUACUUCAUCUCAACCUUCAUCCAAAUCUUAUUACCUUUUUUCCUAUCACAGUUCCACAUGUUGAUGGCCUUCCUCAUGAUGCUGAAACUACUUCCGAUGUACCCUUUUCUUUAUUCCCUCUUAUUGCUACUGCCAUGGACCAAACUCAGGAACAAAUUGAACUUCUUUUGAGGGAGGUAAUGCCACAAAUAGUUUUCUUUGAUUUUCAAUAUUGGCUACCAAACAUAACUAGAAACCUUGGCAUCAAAACUCUCCAAUACAUUAUAUUGACUCCAAUAUCAACAGCUUAUCUUGGAAGUAUACAAAAACAAAGUCAAGGAAAAGAGUUAACUGAAGUUGAUUUUAUGAAACCACCAUCAGGAUUCCCUGAUUCUUGCAUCAAGUUUCAUUCACACGAACUUCGAUACCUAGCUUCAACAACGAAAAUUGUAUUUGGAAGUGGUGUUUUCUUCUUCGAUCGUUUGCACAUAGGUACGACCUUGGCAGAUGCAAUUGGAUUCAAAGGUUGCAAUGAAAUUGAUGGAUCCUAUGCGGAUUACAUUGAAACUGUUUUUGGAAAACCUGUUGUGCUUUCAGGUCCUCUAUUACCUGAGCCACCAAAUACUAUUUUAGAUGAAAAAUGGGAAUCAUGGCUUAAGGGAUUCAAAUAUGGUUCUGUGGUUUUCUGUGCUUACGGAAGUGAAGGUCCAUUAGAACAAAAUCAGUUUCAAGAGUUGUUGCUUGGUCUUGAGUCAACAGGUUUUCCAUUUCUUGCAGCACUUAAACCACCUAAUGGAUUUGAGUCUAUUGAGGAAGCCUUGCCUGAAGGAUUCAAUGAAAGAGUUAAAGGAAAAGGGAUUGUUUAUGGAAGUUGGAUUCAACAACAAUUGAUUUUAGAACACCCUUCUGUUGGAUGUUUCAUAACACACUGUGGAGCGGCUUCUAUAACCGAGGGGCUCGUUAACACGUGCCAGUUGGUUUUGUUGCCACUUGUCGGCUCUGAUCAUAUCAUGAAUGCAAGAGUGAUGGGCACAAAGUUGAAGGUUGGUGUGGAAGUUGAGAAAGGUGAUGAAGAUGGAUUGUUUACAAAAGAAAGUGUAUGCAAAGCAGUGAAGAUUGUGAUGGAUGAUGAGAAUGAGGUUGGAAGAGAAGUGAGAGCAAAUCAUGACAACAUGAGAAACUUCCUCAUUAGCAACAACUUAGAAUCAUCAUGUGUUGACAGUUUCUGUCAAAAACUUUAUGAUAUGUUCUAGCAUUUCCAGUUACAAAAAUAAUGAAUGUUGCUGAUUCAA